AGGGACGGAAGAGGAGGAGGAGGAGGAGGAGAGCAUCAGAGGAAGGCAGGGGCCCCACGGCCAUCGCGGCAGGGAAAGCCAGCCCAAGUGAGCCUCGCUGGUGGAGAUGUCCUACGUGAGCUGUGCCUUGCGGGCAGCUGCCCCCCGCCUGCCAACCCCCUGGAGGAGCCCCCGGCCCUUCAGCAGCGCCACGGGGCCCACGGCCAAGAAGAGUGUCCCGUACCAGAAGACCCUGAAGGAGGAAGGCCCCGGCAGUGGGGAGCCCAGCCGGCCCCCGCCAUCCUCGGCCGAGGUGGUGGUGGUCGGGGGGGGCAGCCUGGGCUGCCAGACCACCUAUCACCUGACCAAGCUGGGGGUCACCAACGUCGUGCUGCUGGAGAGGGACCGCCUGACCUCGGGCACCACUUGGCACACGGCUGGUCUCCUGUGGCAGCUGCGUCCCAGUGAUGUGGAGGUGGAGCUGCUGGCGCACACACGGGAUGUGGUCAGCCGGGAUCUGCCGGCGGAGACGGGGCUGCACACGGGCUGGGUGCAGAACGGGGGGCUCUUCAUCGCCUCCAACAAGCAGCGUCUCGACGAGUACAAAAGGCUCAUGUCGCUGGGGAAGGUGUAUGGUGUGGAGUCCUACGUCCUGACCCCAUCACAGACCAAGGACCUGUACCCACUGAUGAACAUUGAUGACCUGUACGGCACCCUGUACGUCCCCAAGGAUGGCACCAUGGAUCCAGCUGGGACCUGCUCAACUCUUGCCAGAGCAGCAACUGCCAGAGGAGCUACGAUCAUUGAGAACUGCCCGGUCACCGGCAUCCAGGUCAGAACUGAUGAUUUUGGGGUGAAGAGGGUGUAUGCAGUGGAGACAGCCCACGGGACCAUCCAAACUCCCUGCGUGGUGAACUGUGCAGGUGUGUGGGCACGAGCCCUGGGCCGGCUGGCCGGUGUGCACGUGCCGCUGGUGGGGAUGCACCACGCCUACGUGGUGACCGAGCGCAUCGAGGGCAUCCAGAACAUGCCGAAUGUUCGCGAUCACGAUGCCUCGGUCUAUCUCCGUCUCCAAGGCGAUGCCCUUUCCGUGGGUGGAUAUGAGUCAAACCCCAUCUUCUGGGAGGAGGUAUCUGAAAAAUUUGCUUUUGGCCUGUUUGAUCUGGAUUGGGAUGUUUUCAUGCAACACAUCGAAGGUGCCAUCAACAGAGUACCAGUGCUGGAGAAAACGGGCAUUAAAUCCACUGUCUGUGGGCCAGAGUCAUUCACAGCCGACCACAAGCCGCUCAUGGGAGAAGCUCCAGAAGUCCGAGGGUUCUUCCUUGGCUGUGGCUUCAACAGCGCUGGGAUGAUGCUGGGAGGCGGCUGUGGGAGGGAACUGGCUCACUGGAUCAUCCACGGGCGGCCGGAGAAGGACAUGUAUGGCUAUGACAUCAGGAGGUUCCACCACUCCCUCACCGACAACAACCGCUGGAUCCGGGAGCGGAGCCACGAGUCCUACGCCAAGAACUACUCCGUUGUCUUCCCCCAUGACGAGCCACUGGCAGGACGCAACAUGAGGAAGGACCCCCUGCAUGAGGAGCUGCUGCGACAGGGCUGCGUUUUCCAGGAGCGGCACGGCUGGGAGAGGCCGGGCUGGUUCAGCCCCGGGGGAGCAGCCCCGGUCCUGGAUUACGAUUACUACGGCGCCUACGGCCGGGAGCGCCACAAGGAUUACACCUACAGCCGGCUGCUGGGGGACGAGUACACCUUCGACUUCCCCCCUCACCACGACGUUAUCAAGAAUGAAUGCUUAACGUGCAGAAAUGCCCUGGCUCUCUUUGACAUGUCUUAUUUUGGGAAAUUCUACUUGGUUGGACCUGAAGCUACAAAAGCAGCGAACUGGCUGUUCAGUGCUGACGUGAGCAAAGCACCAGGCUCCACCGUGUACACCUGCAUGCUGAACAAGCAGGGGGGUGUGGAGAGUGACCUGACUGUCAGCAGGAUCAGCCCUGGGGACCCGACCUCCCCCCUGGCCCCUGCCUUCGAAGGGGAUGGAUACUACCUGGCUAUCGGCGGGGCCGUGGCCCAGCACAACUGGUCCCACAUCACCUCUGUGCUGCAGGACAUGAAACUCCAGUGCAAACUCCUCGACUGCUCGGAGGAGCUGGGCAUGAUGAGCAUCCAGGGCCCUCUGAGCCGUGUCGUCCUCCAAGAAGUGCUGGACACCGACCUCAGCAACGAGGCCUUCCCCUUCUCCACCCACAGGAUCACCACGGCCGCAGGAUGCACGGUCCGUGCCAUGAGGUUGUCGUUCGUGGGCGAGAUGGGCUGGGAGCUGCACGUGCCCAAGGCAGACUGUGUGAAGGUUUACCGGGCGGUGAUGCAGGCGGGGGCCCAGCACGGCAUCACCAACGCCGGCUACAGAGCCAUCGACAGCCUCAGCAUCGAGAAAGGGUACAGGCACUGGCAUGCGGACCUUCGCACCGACGAUACCCCGCUAGAAGCCGGCUUAGCCUUCACCUGCAAGCUCAAGUCCAGCGUCCCCUUCCUGGGCCGGGAGGCUGUGGAGGCCCAGAAAGCCAAGGGCAUCUUCCGCCGCCUCGUCUGCUUCACCACAGAUGAGAAGGUGCCGAUGUUCGGCCUGGAGGCGAUCUGGAGGGAUGGCAAGGUGGUCGGCCACAUCCGUCGGGCAGACUUUGGAUUUGCCAUUGACAAAACCAUCGCCUACGGCUACAUCCGUGACCCUGAGGGGGGCCCAGUCUCACUGGAUUUCGUGAAGAGUGGCAGCUACGAGCUGGAGCGGAUGGGAGUGACCUACCCUGCCCGAGCACACACCAAGUCCCCGUUCGACCCCGACAACAAGCGCGUGAAGGGCUUUUACUGAGCAGAAGCACCUACACAUCCCCUUAGCGGCACAGACGUCUGCAGUGCACCGUGUCUCACAAACCCACCACAGUUAGGAUGUUUCCACCCCAAAAAGCGCUACCCACCAAAUCAGAUGGAGGCAACUCAAACCAGGGAGUCCCAUACAGGCACCAACGUGCUCUGAAAAACACUCUCCACCAAAUAUUGGCAGGAAUUUGCAGCAUUCCAGCAUGGAUGUUCCUGUGCAGCUGCUGCAGAGCAGGAAGGAUGCAGCAGCCUGGAUGAUGUGCUGUGUGGCAGAGCUGGGGAAGGGCUGUCACAGCCAUCAGGGCUCAGGGUGACCACGGCCAGGACAAAACCUCCAGCUCUGUGCAUGUGAGGAGACACCUUGUCUCGGGGAUGUUCCCUGCAAAGAGCAAUCUGCCAGGUCCAGGCAGCGCUGAGGGCUGAGCCCGCCGAGCAGGAUCUAACUCAGAUGUGAUGUGUUGGCCUGGGUUAGUGGCCAGUGGAGAUGUGGGCAGGGGCUGUGAGGGCAAAGGGGGGCUUGGCUCUGGUUUGGUGAUGCUGCAGUUUGGCUGCUGGCUGCGUGCUCAUGCGGAAAUGUCAGCGAGAGGCUGAGCCACAGCGUGAGAAGGAGGAGGGAGGUCUGGAGAGGAGAAGUAGAGCCGUGAGUCAUCAGCAAGAUGAAAGUUGAAUUUACGUUUUCAGCUGAAAUUUCUUGUGGUAUGUCAAGCGAAACAGGCCAGAGGCUGCACCAGCACCAGGAAAACCCUGGGGGAAGAUGGACUGGGAUGGAGGGACCCUUCCAAAGCUCAUGAGGAGUGACCAGAGAGGGGACAGCAUUGCAGGGGAGCACCAGCUGGAGAAACAACUAUUUUCCUGUACCCUUCUGGCUUAGAGGAGCAGUUAAGAAUGUUUAGGGUGUGCCUGCUCCAGGGCUCGGCUCCAGUCCUGAGCCCAUCUGCUGUGGAAUCUGCCCUGCUGAUACAUCCUGAACCCUGUGCCCGCUUUUCAGAUAGAUCAAAGGCACUUGGAGUGUCUCAAUAGUUGCUGUUUUCAGUGCCUUCGAGUGGAAAUCUGAAUAAAGGGAGUUUACUGUGAGCCCUUGCGGGUGCAGGGGUCUUGGGGAUGGCAUCAUCCCUGCUGCCUCUCACAAGUGGUACCUUGAGAUUUUGCUCGAUAAUUAACAGCACUCAGUUCCUUCCAGAAAUCAUCAGAUUUGGGAUCACUGAACUGCAAAAACAUGAACUUAAUUAGAAGCCGGUGCUUUUCUCUUGGCAGAAACAGUAUGGAAUAAAUGAGAUGUAUCAAAGUUGGGCUCGCUCUGAAGCACCAGCAGAGCAGGGAGGCAGCUCAGUUCCUUCGCCCUCACUGUGGUGCCUGUGACCCACUUUGUGCCAGCAUUGGCUCUGCUCCGCUCGAGUCCCUUCCCAGAAGCCCCCUAGACCUCUCUGAAACCAAGAGAGUUGUCUGAGCUGUAAUUAAGAGGUUUAAUUCAUAAUUGUCCUGCUGCACAAAACUUCUGCACCACUGUUCUGCACUUCUGUCCUCUGCACAGCCGAGAGGUGCCGGGUCUUCAGUUCCAGGAAACUGGAAUGGUUUCUGCCUGCUCCAGAGUGGACUUUGCUGAAGGGAGUUUACUGGGGCAGAAAGCUGAUGGUCAUCCCUGCAGUCAGCUCAGCAUCCUCCUGUGCUGCAGUGGAUAUCCCUGGAUCCGGGAAUAGGCUAUCAGCUAAGUUUAUUACACCGAUAAAUGGCACUGGGAGCUGAGGCCAUCAGUGGUUUUAAAUCUUCAUUGCCAUCAUUGUUAUGUCCCUCAUCACUGGGCCUGUUUUUCCUUUAAAGAUCUCGCAGUCCUUUAUCCUUCAGGUUUUGCUGGAUCCCUGCGUUCGGAGGCUGCACAGAUGCUGCGCGUAAUGAGCUCGCUCUGCUGGGACCUGAUGUCAUUUGCCAAAAUCCUAAAAACCACCUCACGUUUCUCCUUGGAUCUGGAGCCAGCCCUACUUCAACGCUCAGCAAAAGCAGCCUCCAAAUCACUUUAUGCAAAUGCAUCUCCCAAUUGAAUCUGGCUGGGAACAUCCAUGGUGGGCUCUGGACAGAUUGUUUAAGCACCAAGGCUGGGCUCAGUGUCCUGACAGCUCCAGCUCCCUGCCCUGAGCCCGCUGGGUUUUGGAUGUGUCCUGAGCACCGGACACCUGACCCAUGUGCUUGGUACAGACCUUCCCACAGCUCUGCCAAGCUGCUUUUUACCUACAGCUGGAGGUUUUGUUGGGAAGCCUUGGGAGUGAAGCUGUACAUACCGGGAACCGGAUGGCGGAGGAUUUGUUGCAGUGCAUGGAGAUCGGAGCAAAACCGUAGAGGGACUUUAGCACAUCUCUGUUGAACGUGUUCCAGGGGACAGAACUGAACUGCUCUGGGACAGAGACCUGCGGGCACAUGCAGACCUCCUCAUCGUUAAACCUGGGGCAAGAGAAACGCCACACUGAAACACAGCAGUGUUGUCCCCUUUUGGUGCUGGAUGUGACUAAUUCCUCCCUGCCUAAAGCUUGACCUGGAAUGGCUCCGAAGUCAGCGCUGGGCACAGGGAGCGCCUGGAGCAGCGGGCACCUGCAGGGAAGGAUUUGGGGCCAGCUGACUGCCUGUGGGUAGGACAUCCUGUGCAAGGUCAGCAUCUCCCCCUCUCAUCCUGGGUGGAUGGGCUGCAGCUUCUCUAGCAGGGAUGCUUGCUGUCUGCCUUGGGUUAUAAGGAAUAUUCUGCACUUAAGCACAUGGUCA